AUGAAGCUCUCCUUGCUACUCCCGGCUCUGGCUCUGCUGGCCCGGCCCUUCGCUGAAGCUGCCAGCAGUCUCGCAUACUGCGCAACUGACAAUACUGGAUCCUCCUUCUCGGCUGUUAGCGACACCUAUCAGUCUAAUGGAGCUUGCGAGCAGACUUGCGCCGACUACGCCCUGGGUAUCUUGCAGGGAAAGAAAUGUUGGUGCUCCAACGUGGCACCUGCCGAGUCCUCUCGUAAAAGCACUUCGGAGUGCUCAACUGGCUGCCCCGGCUACCCAGAUGAUAGUUGCGGUAGUGCCUCCAAGGGCGUUUACGCAUAUGUGAAGAUUACUGGCAAUUCGGUCAGCAGCACGGAGAGCGGAGGUAGCUCCACCACUUCUUCGACUUCGGAGAGCACUAGCAGCACUUCAUCAUCGACAGGAACAUCCACAAACUCCACACAAACUACACCAAAGAUAUUGAAUUGGUCCGAAUUUGCUAACAUGCCGUCCCAGUCCACUGCAUCCGACUCGACCACUACCAGUGGAAACAUUGUCAAGGAGACUACCUCGGCUGGCCAAGUGAAGACUAUCACUGUUUCUGCCCCCAGUCAGACUGGCGCCCAGGAUUCCUCCUCGGCCAAUACCGCGGCAGCGAGCAACAAGCUCAGCGGCGGCUCCAUCGCUGGUAUCGUGAUCGGUGUGAUCGGUGGUCUCGCCCUCGUGGGUGCACUGAUCUUCCUGGUCUUCUUCUACCGCAAGCGUGCUCGCUCCGCUAGCCCCAUCCCUAGCAACGGGGAUAUGACCGAGAACCGAACCAGCCAAGCCUCGAGCUUCGCCCGUGGUGUUUUCCCGCAAGGUCAUUCUCACGACUUGUCGGGAUCUUCGAGCCUGGGACGCAAACACACCUUCACCGACAAUCGGCUGAAGACCGACAUCUACCCCAACGGUCCGCGGGAUAGUAGUGUGUCACUUCAGGAUAAUGAAGACUACUCGCGCCCUGUGCUUCGGCUCACUAACCCCGACUAA